GAGCCCCUGAGGGAGUGUGAGGGCCGCGGGGAGACGGAGGGAGGCGGACCCCCCACCCCAUCGCUCAUUAGACUUUCAUUGAAGAAUGUUUGUUCCAAGAUCUCUGAAAGUCAAGAGGAAAGCUGAUGAUGCCAAAAGUUGUACAGAUAAGAAAAUUAAGCCACUGUUGGAAGAAUUACCAUUGGAAGAAGGUGGAGAUACUCAAACCGUUACCUCCGUUGUGCGAGAAUCCUCAGGCUCAGAAAACAGUGUCUACACACCAGGAGGCCAGAGCAUGGAAUUAUGCAGUUUCCCAGCUCCAGAUUGCCAGUUGGGUGGCGUAUCCUUGGAAGACCCAAAACCCAAUACUGGAAAGGACGGCUCUCUUCCAGAAGAACCGGUCAAAUCCUUUUCCAAAACCCAGCGUCGGGCCGAGCCCGGGGAGCCGGUCUGUGUCGUCUGUGGCCGCUAUGGGGAAUAUAUCUGUGAUAAGACAGAUGAGGAUGUUUGUAGCUUGGAGUGUAAAGCCAAACACCUUUUGCAAGUUAGAGACAAAGAAGAGGGACUGAAACCUGUCAGUUCUGAGCCUCAACCUCCCCACGAUGCCCGCUACGUCUACGAAGAGCACCUCUUUAUUUUAAACCUACAAGAAGACCAAAUUGAAAAUCUCAGGCUCCAGCUGGGAAUUUCAGUCCAGGGCCAAGGAGUGUCCAGGCCUAUUAUAGAAUUUGAACACUGCGGCUUUCCUGAGACGUUAAACUGCAACUUGAAGAAAUCGGGCUACGAGGUGCCCACUCCGAUUCAGAUGCAGAUGAUUCCCGUCGGCCUUCUGGGACGGGAUAUCGUGGCCAGUGCCGACACGGGAUCAGGAAAAACUGUGGCUUUUCUCCUUCCUGUUAUUAUUCGAGCGCUGGAAGAGAACAAGACUCCAUCUGCGCUUAUUCUGACCCCCACAAGGGAAUUAGCCAUUCAGAUAGAAAAACAAGCCAAAGAGCUAAUGAGCGGCUUGCCUAACAUGAGAACAGUGCUUCUCGUAGGGGGAUUGCCACUGCCUCCACAGCUCUAUCGCUUGAAAAAAAGGGUUAAGGUUAUCCUAGCCACCCCUGGAAGACUCUUGGAAAUUAUCAAACAAAAUGCCGUUGACCUCCAGGGUAUAAAGAUCGUAGUAGUCGAUGAGGCCGAUACCAUGCUAAAGAUGGGUUUUCAACAACAAGUUCUUGAUAUUUUGGAAAAAACCCCGACUGAUCGGCAGGCGAUAUUGGUUUCGGCCACAAUUCCAGUUGGCAUAGAACAGUUGGCAAAUCAGCUUCUGCACGAUCCUAUAGGAAUAACCGUUGGAGAAAAAAACCAGCCGUGCUCCAAUGUCCGCCAGAUUAUUCUGUGGGUAGAAGAACCAUCCAAGAAGAAAAAAUUAUUUGAGAUCUUAAAUGAUAAAAAGCUCUUCAAGCCUCCAGUGUUGGUUUUUGUGGACUGCAAAUUAGGCGCAGAUCUUCUGAGUGAUGCAGUGAGUAAAAUCACGGGAUUGCAAAGCAGAUCCAUACAUUCAGAUAAGUCCCAAGUGGAAAGAACAAGUAUACUGCAGGGCUUGUUUCAAGGAGAGUAUGAAGUCGUGGUGAGCACUGGAGUUCUAGGACGAGGACUUGACUUGGUCAACGUGAAACUGGUCGUUAAUUUUGAUAUGCCCUCAAGUAUGGACGAAUACGUGCACCAGGUUGGAAGAGCUGGGAGAUUGGGUCACAAUGGAACUGCCAUUACUUUCAUCAAUAACAACACAAAGAAGCUUUUCUGGGAUGUUGUCAAGAGAGUAAAACCAACAGGAUCCAUUCUUCCUCCCCAGUUACUGAACUCCCCCUACCUUCAUGACCAGAAGAGAAAAGAACAGCAGAGAAUUAAACAGACUCAGAACACAUUUGUAACUGGGGAUAAUCUAAUGGACAUUAUCAGGAAACAUGACAAGAGUAAUUCACAAAAGUGAUCAUUAUGCUAUUUUGAAUAAAAUUUCCGUUGUGCUGUUAAAUGAAAGGGUGGCUAUGUUACUGUUAUAACACGA